AUGCUGAGGGACGCUAUGAAGUCUUGGAAUGAUAGCCAGUCAGAUCUUUGCAGCACUGACCAUGAAGAGGAAGAAGAGAUGGUUUUUGGUGAAAAUGAAGACGACUUGGAAGAAAUGAUGGAUUUAAGUGAUCUGCCUACCUCACUUUUUGCUUGCAGUGUCCAUGAAGCAGUGUUUGAGGUGCCAGAGCAGAAGGAGAGAUUUGAAGCGCUUUUCACCAUCUAUGAUGACCAAGUUACGUUUCAGUUGUUCAAAAGCUUUAGAAGAGUCCGAAUAAAUUUCAGCAAGCCUGAGGCGGCGGCACGGGCUCGGAUAGAACUCCACGAGACAGACUUCAAUGGCAGGAAGCUGAAGCUGUACUUUGCACAGGUACAGAUGUCCAGUGAAACACGGGACAAGUCCUAUUUACAGCCACCCCAACCUGCCAAACAGUUCCUCAUCUCCCCUCCUGCGUCACCUCCGGUGGGCUGGAAGCAGGGGGAAGAUGCAACACCUGUUAUAAACUAUGAUUUACUCUGUGCUGUUUCCAAGUUGGGACCAGGAGAGAAAUAUGAACUUCACGCAGGAACCGAAUCCACACCAAGCGUGGUGGUUCACGUCUGUGAAAGUGAAACUGAAGAGGAAGAAGAAACAAAAAACCCCAAACAGAAAAUCACCCAGACGCGGCGCCCAGGACCUCCGACCGCAGCGCUGAGCGAGCCCCGGGCCUUCGACUGUGCGCUUUGA